CCAACGCAAGGCCAAAGCCUGAAAAUUCUCGCGACAGCCCAGGCAAAAAAUUUUCGCCAGCUUUCUUGGCUCUAGAAAACUCACUUUGAAUGUUUCCAGCAGGUUGUAAACCACUACAACACGCUGUCCAUGACCUCGGUAGAUAGGUUCCGCUAAAGUGCAUAGCGGGGUUGCAUUUCGAAGAGUGAAAAUUGUGUGCAAACAAAUUUCCCGGGACCAGUAGCUGCAGGAAGAGAAAGAUGGCGUCCGUCGCGAGUUUGCUGCUUUUGAUGCAUUAUGAAAGCUAUCAAACGGGAGUGAAUGUGCGAAACACUGGUGCUUGCUGAUUAUAGACAGUGUUGUGGAAAUCGUAGUAAGCGCGUAUGUUCAAAGGUGAAGAAAACUAGUGAGCCUGUUAUCCGGUGGCCGGCUUCGAAGAAAAAAAAAUUCGAAAAAUUGAAUUGAUUACGCAAAUAACACUAUUUUGUUUUUGUUGACAAGAGAAACAAUUUGUGACCGGUGCAUAGCUUGAUGCACAACGCCCUAAUGAGCAGAGAUGUCUAGUUCGGUUUUCAAGAUUUAUCCGUCAUCAUCCGCAUCGAAUCACGAGGAAAAUCCAUUAAAUGAAGGGGAAGCUUCGACAUCACUGGAAGCUCCCGUGGAUGAACAUUUGAAAAUAGACUCGAAUUUGGUGAUAGUCGUCGGGAAGGAUGGUAGUGUACAUGUUGAUCAAAAAACACUUCACAGUUUGCUAGCUAACGAAACCACGGAUACGUCGGUUAGUUUGGUUCGUAUUACAUCGCCAACGCCUAGCAUUGAGGAGGAAAUUGAAGAAGAGCGACGGUUGUUGGAAGAGCGAAAGCUGGAGCAAGAGCUAGAAUCCGUUACAGGUGAAGAAUCAGAAAGUUCUCCCGAAUCUUCUAAUGUAGCGUUAUCUACCGGGACAAAUAAAAAUGAUGUUCCAACUUUAAGCGCCGCCGCAGGUUCAAGUGGUGUGUCCACUCGACGUUCCAAAACGACAGUAAAAAAAGACGAUAUCUUACUAGAUGAUGACGAAGCUCCGCAUGUGAGUUUAAUGGUUGAGGGAUUUUACCCUCCCGCGGAAGCUAAGAAAUUUGCAGCUGAGGUUUUGACUUUGGCGGGAUUGCAGAAACCAUUGCGGGUAGAAACGGCCAUCGACUAUGAAUUCCAGCGAUACACUGUGGCUAACGAUCAUUGUUACACACCGCUGACUUCGCCAAGCCAGAAACUUCCUCCACGUCCAUAUUACGAACAGGUGAAUUCACCAAUUGAAACCCGAUCCAGCGAGGCAUCAAUUGCGCCGGAAGUGCAAACUGUUUUACAUCCCGAAGAAGGUACUAGUGGAACUACCAGAAAGAGACUACCCAGUAAAGUUGCACCUGUACCCCUUCCGACUAGUAGCGUUCGUCGUAGAAAGUCUACCGCUCAUAAAGAAGAACUAAGUGAUGCUGCAGAAUUGCGAAGUAUUUUAGAAGACACUGAUUCCGAUUAUACAGAAGAAAGUUCUUAUCCAGAAGAUGAUGACAAUGACAGUGAUUUGGACUUCAGUAUCUCUGGGAAACAGUCGAAAAAGCGUAAGUCAGGUUCGAAGAACAAAUCUGCCCAAAAGAGUGCUUUGAAAAAAGAUGAUUCCAACGAAAAUAAAGACGUUAAGAAAAAGUUUGUGAAAUCCCCUAAGAAACCGGAAACAAAAGCCAUUACUCCUGUGUCAACUAUCAACAAAACAACGAAUCCAAAAACAUAUGGUCCUAAGCGCGACGUCGCCAAAAUUAUUGAUCCACCCUCCGUCCCUGUAACAGCACUUGUUCCAAGUGUCCCAGUAUCGGUCGCUCCUGUUUCUAAUAUAGUUGCACCAGUGAAAAAAGAUAAGAAACCGAUAAAACCAGCUCCCCAUGUGGAAGCUCUCUUCAGUGAUAUGACAUCUUUGUUCUCGACACCGGACAUCAUAAAAAAAGUUGGUUCAAAUCGAGUAAAUUCGCUUACAACUGUGUCCCUAUCGAACCCAGCGUCCGGCCCAAGCACAUCGGCAACUGUUAUUCAACGUGGAUUCGUUCAACUGUCACCAGCUACGGCCAAAGGUACUCAGAAACUACCUGCGCACAUUUCAAUUCAAACACAUACCAGCGCUUCCGAAGAACACGAUAAACGAUUGGACCUCAUGGAGUCGCUUACACAGCAAGAAUUGGACGAAACAGAUUCAAAACAUUCUCAAAAUGCUCUUCAAAACACACCCCUCGCAGAGGACAUUGUAAAAAUCUUGGAAAACAAUUUGCCCCCAGGUGGAGUCCCCGAGUCGGUUCUUCCCAUCACUGAUAACAGUAUUCUGGCGGCGCUUGGUUCCAAUGACGAUGGUCUUCCUGAAGAUUUGUUGCAACACGUUGCUGAGUUGGCAGAAAAUAAAGAGCUACAGGAGAUUCUUGACAAGCAAGUACUCGGUGUUAUAGGUACAGAUUCGAUUGUAAAUCCAGCCGUUUCACUUCCUAUGCCAUCCACCUCGGCACAGGUAGUACCAAUAAUAACGCGCCAGGUGCAACCAGUUAUGCAGGUUCAUAGUGCAACUCCAUUACCGAUUAAGCCAACAAACCCUGAAUCCUUGCCGACAAUGACUGUUAAAGAACAAUUAAUGCCACGUAAGGAAGCCAUACAAAUCCGCCGUAGCGAUGGACGUGUUAUUACUCUUCCACCGAUAGAAGCUCCUGCCACAAGGUCCGCGAAACGUCGCGCACAAACUGGAACUAGCUCAAGUUCUUCAGCGCCUGCUACCGUAACAAUGGUUACUACGGCUGCCGCGUCUGCCCUGAAUAUCAACUCCCCAUUGGUCGGCCAUCAAAGUGGCGUGUUGAGUGCUAAACCCAUCAAACACGCAGUGAAAGCAACCACUACGCCCUUGCUGUAUGACGAUGGUAGUGGAAGCUUACUGAUCGAUGAAACCCGUGGCAAGGGUAGCCGAAGUGGGGCCUCUAGCAGAAGAACGUCGGAAUCGUCGUCUACUUCAACAAGCCGAGGAAAGCGGACCAGCACGGUAGCCGUGGCGGCAGCAGCUGCUGCUGCUGCACACGACGAUGAAAUUGAAUCGGAUGAGAGCUGGAACUCCGAGGAUGAUCCAGACAGACUCUGGUGCAUCUGCAAGCAACCUCAUAACAAUCGCUUCAUGAUCUGUUGCGACGAGUGUGAAGACUGGUUCCACGGCAAGUGUGUCAACAUCACCAAAGCGAUGGGCCAGCAGAUGGAAGAAGAUGGCAUCGAAUGGACCUGCCCGAACUGUUUGAGAAAGAAACAGGACAAACAGCAACCAAAAAUGACAGAGUUUUUGUUAGCGAGCGGCGGUAUAUCAAGCACCGAGGGUUCUACAGCGAUGACUCAUACGAUUUCACCGAAGGUAGUAACCGUCACGGGAUGUGUGGUUUGUGGAAAACCUGCCAGGGCAAGCUCAGUCUAUUGCAGCGAUGAUUGUAUUCGGAAGCAUGCCGGUAUGGCCCACAGUAGUUCAACAGUCGGGGUUAGUUCUGCUUCGACCUCGACGCUUGCAAUGGCAAAAACGGUAGCAGUCUCGCCGGGUUUCGCAUCAAAAGAUAAGUCUAAAGAAGGUCACCGGCUGUCACAACCACCCGUUCUUAUUAAAACCAGCGCAAAACCUGGAAUGAUCAUUGUGAUGGAGCGUAAAACGGGUCGUUGCCUUACGGGUGACAGUGCUCCUACUGCUGAGAAUCUUGACGCGUGGCUCGCUAGUAAUCCAACAUUUGAAAGAGUUCCCCCGGGUAGCACACAAGAGGCUAUCAUUCUUGCAAAACGAGAUGAAGAGGUACGAAAGCAGCGAUUGGCAAAAGAAUUACAAAAGAAAGCGGCCAUGGGUGCUGGUCAAGUUUUACCACAAACUGGAAUCAAAGUUCAGGCACAGCUAAAGAUUGGCGAUCAAAAAAAAUUGACUGUAGUCAGUCCUGCCAAUCAGCAAAGACAACAGCAAGCUCACACAAAACCGGUGGUAAAAGUUAUCCAACGAACUUCAGUUACAGUACCCAUUUCAAAGGGUAUACCGACAACAGUGACUUAUACCCCCAAGGUAUCUGUGAAUACGCCAAAGGUAUCCGCGAGUACACCCAAGGCUGUAAUACCUUCGGCAAGCACCACCCCAACAACAUCUACCAGUACCGUUAGUAAGCCACAAAAGAAAACUACUCCGGAAACGAAACCAAUGACACCACCAGCAACGGCGGGAGAAAAUACACGAGUUACUGUCAAGAAAACACUUAUGAAACAUUUGGUUCAGCGCACUUUGGAAUUAAGUAACAAGGACGCACCUAGGCUAAGCGAACAGGAGAUUGAUCAAUUUGCUGAAGAAAUUGAGGAGGAAAUGUUUACUCUAUUCAACAAGGAUACCGGUAUGAAGUAUCGGGCCAAAUAUCGAUCCCUGGUGUUUAACAUCAAAGAUAGGAAAAAUUUGUCUUUAUUCAAGAAGAUUUGCGAAAAGCGCAUCGGAGCUAAACAAUUGGUUCACAUGACCGCCGACGAACUGGCUAGUCAGGAGUUGGCUCAGUGGCGCGAAAAAGAAAAUAAACAUCAGUUGGAGAUGAUCAAGAAAUCCGAGCUGGAUCUUCUGGCAUGUGCCAAGAACUACGUUCUAAAAACACACAAAGGUGAGGAAGUAAUCGAAGGAAAACGUGUUGAUCGCGUACAGCUAGAUCCGACUACAUCUGUUGAGGAUGUUGUAACUGUCCUGAACAAUUCGACUGUUAGUAGUACCAGCGAAGUUGAUAGCACAUUAUCACCCUCGAAGGAUGGCAGCUACCGGCCAAAGGAUUACGAGUUCAACAACUAUGGAAAAUAUUCAUCCGGAUUGUACGGCAGCGGAUCUAUUACUAGCAGCUCAACGGUGACAGGUUCAACUGCAGUCCCAGCAGCCACAUUGCCUGCAUCGUCUACAGCAGCUAGUACGUCAACUAAAAAGAAGGAAUCCAGACGAAGUCGUAGUAGAAGUAACAGUCGUGACAGGCGGCGCGGAAGAUCCAGAAGUAGAUCUAAACAUAAGCGAAGACGGAGUAAAAGUCAUGACCGGCAUGCCAGUAGAGAAAGGGAUCGCGAUCGUGGUCGAGAAAGAGACAGGUCUCGUCAUCACGAACACAAAUCCGAUCACAAAUCGGACUACAAGAAGCACGACUCGAAAGAAACUAGAGACAAGGAAAAAGCGACGGUUGACAAAACGAAGGACAAAAAAAUUGCAGUCAGUGUCAUUUCUGAGAAAGAUAAAAGUGAAGCGGUUGGAAAGCUCAUUGACGACAAAAAAAUAUCUAAGAAGUCAGAUAACGAUUCGCAUGAACUGGAGAGCUUCAAUUUGAUCGAUCAAAUUCUUGCAUCUGCUGGUACUAGCGAUGGAAAACUAUCAGAGUCGACGGAGCUUAGUGCUAAUAUUAAUCCAGAGGAGUCAAAUCCAUCGCCAGUUGCUUCCACCGAACAAGAUCAAGAACCUACAAGUACAGUGACGAUUCCAACCCCACCGCAUUCCACAAAUUUCGAGAGUGAAUCUCCAACGCCUGAUUUUACAUCGAAUAUUCCGGGCGACGUUUCGGAGGAAGUGCGUAAAAAGGCUCUGUUUGUCCACUGGACGGGAAAUGUCCAUAUGAUUGACGUUGCUUCCAUCGAAAUGUCCAUGCGAUCUGUUAGCGGCGACAUCGAAGAUGUUGCGAAGGAUUUUGCCGAGGACUUGGACAUAUGUGGAACAAUCAAACCGGAAAUCGUAUGGGAUUACAUCGGUCAAAUCAGAAAAAGUCCGAAUAAAGAAGUCUGUCUGGUUCGGCUACAUUCAAACGAAAGUUCCGCUUACUACACUCUCUAUUCACAUUUAUAUAGCCGGAAACGAUACAGUGUAAUAAAAUCACCUUCACCAUUGAUCAAGGACUUCUACAUAUUUCCACUGCCAGCCGAACAAAUGGUACCAAUGAUAUUGAAGCCGCUGCGUGGCGUUGGCAUCAUUGAGGGAAAUAAAAAGCCUGAUUUGCUGCUGGGAAUUAUCGUCAAGAUCAGGGGCAAAAGAAGUGGUUCUUCAUCAACCACAACCGGAGCGGCUCCAGCUAAGACCCCUCGACGACAAUCGAAGCAGUCAACAACCACUAGUAGUUCAUCGGCCGUGUCUCCUUCGUUUGCUCUCAUGCAGCAAGUAAUAACGAAGUAUGCCACAGUAAACAAAAAAGCCGCUACUAAGCCUGAUGUUGAGGUCACUAAAACUCCACCCAGUAGCCAAAGUCCGGUUCAAUCGACGGCAAAUGUUCCCUCAGUUUCUUCAAUGAAAAAAUCGGCACCUGAGACGAGCGCAGAUGCAAAGAAGCGUCGAUCUGAGUCCGAAUCUCCCGAACAAAUCGACAUGGAUAUUAUAAAGGGACCCGUUGCCGUUAAAGCUCAACAAACCAUAGAGAGUCCAGUUGCCGUGAUAAUCGAUGAUGACGAUGAAGAGCCGUACUCUCCAGGAUGCAUCAGCGAUGACAGUGAUAAUUUUGCCGAUGUAACGGCAAUUGUGGAAACAAAACAGAAACAGAUCUCAGUCCCCGACAAUGAGUCUGAACGGAUUCGUCUUGAGAUGGAGGAAAUCAACAGAAAAAUUGCAGAAGAGAAGAAUAAAAUCGUAGGUAUUAUUAGUAAGGCAGAACUGAAAGAAGAUGAAAUCAAAUCGACGUUACCGCCAUCGUUGAUUACGGACAUUUCAAUUCCGUCAAAUUUGUCGGAAAUUCUGGCAAGUAUUAAAGCAACCCCAUCGACUUCCGAAGCUUCUUCAAAAAUAGUAAGUGAAAAAGAAACUGAGAAGAAAGGCAAUGUCGAGGAUGAGGAUGAAUAUAUUCCGUCAGCACCGUCGUUUUAUUCUAAUUAUAAAACGAGUUAUGGGUAUGGUAACGUGCCAACGCCACAAGGAUCGAUGGGUUCUGUAGGAACAAAACCAGUCCAGAUAACCAAAGCCCCCACCGAGGGUGCUAGCAAGCUGUCGAAACUGUCCGACGAGGAGCUGCUCAGCAUGGUCCCUGAUGAUAGCUAUUUGCAACCACCUGUUCGAACCGUUGAUCCAGUGCCACCUCCGAAAAAGGCUAAAUGGGACUCGAAUGAACCUCCUCCGCCAGGCAUGGAAGACGCAAUGGAUGGCGAUUAGUAUGCAGGUGUACGACGAAAUUAUUAGUAUGAGAGAAAAUGUAUGUCUACUGGAGAUUGAUUUUAAAAAUUAACUCUUUAAAUCGCAUCAACAUUCAUGAUAUGUGCAAAUAACGUACGAAGUUAUAACUUGUGUAAGCCGUAAUCGGUUUAAAUUAUUCAAAUUUGUAGCAUUAGGCAGAUUGAAACCACAAGGGGAUGUCAAUGAAAUCGAAUAAGUAAAAUAAUCUUUCAAAUCAACUGGUCUCGUUUGUUCUAUCAAAUUACAUCGUCUUAUUCACAAUUAAAAAAUGAUCGUUUUUCGGAAUGCUGAACAAAUUAUUCAAUGUUCUUUCUGACUUUGAAACGCACCCUGAAAUUAAAAUGCUUUAAUUUGACCUUAAUCCCUACGUUCGUAAGCAUACCGAUCUGGUAAGAUUACAUUGUAUAGAAAUUCCUCUAAUAUAUAGCAAUUAUCGUAAUUUUAAGGGCAUUUAUCUAGCAUAAUUUAAUGUAAGUGUAGUCCCAGAAGCAAAAUUCCUGCUUUGGAGUUAUUGUAAAAAUUGUUGGUUUCGAAAUAAAAUUCAUGUAUAAAUCAAAAA